UUUUAAUCAGUCAAGACACUAUCAUACUCUCAAUUCUCUUUUCACUUAUUUUGUCUGUUCUGCUCCACACUUAGGCUCUACUGAUUCCCAUCAAACCACCCAAGAAGAAAAUGGCCGUAAUUGGAAUCCCGAUGUUUGGAUUUUUCAUCACAGUUCUCCUGAUGAAACUUCAGGAAUCAUGGGCUGUCAAAGAGAAUCAUGUGAUCAUCCAGGCUGAGUACUAUCUGACCCCUGAUGCAUCAGCUGAGUUUAUGUUUGACUUUGAUGGUGAUGAGAUUUUCCAUGUGGAUAUGAAAAAGACGGAGACGGUCUGGCGGCUUAAAGAAUUUGGUGAUUUUGCCAGCUUUGAAGCUCAGGGUGCACUGGCCAAUAUAGCUGUGGACAAAGCCAACCUGGACAUCAUGAUAAAGCGCUCCAACCAUACCCCAAACACCAAUGUACCUCCAGAGGUGACUGUGCUCCCAAACAACCCCGUGGAACUGGGAGAGCCCAACGUCCUCAUCUGUUUCAUCGACAAGUUCUCCCCACCAGUGGUCAAUGUCACGUGGCUUCAAAAUGGAAAACCUGUCACCACUGGAGUGUCAGAAACAGUCUUCCUGCCCAGGGAAGACCACCUUUUCCGCAAGUUCCACUAUCUCCCCUUUUUGCCCUCAACUGAAGAUGUCUAUGACUGCAAGGUGGAGCAUUGGGGUUUGGAUGAGCCUCUUCUCAAGCACUGGGAGUUUGAAGCGCGAACUCCACUUCCAGAGACAAAAGAGAAUGUGGUGUGUGCCCUGGGCCUGGUUGUGGGUCUGGUAGGCAUCAUUGUUGGGACCAUCUUCAUCAUCAAGGGAGUGCGCAAAGGCAAUGCUGUUGAACGCCGAGGACCUCUGUGAGGCACUUGCAGGUAAUGGACUUUCCUAAGAGAAGAAUGAAAGAUCAAUGAAGAGAUUUCUGCUUUAAUAUCUUUACAAACCUGGCAAUAUUUUAGUUGUUUAUCUCAGUGAAGACAACCAUUCUUCAGCACUUUCCAGCCCUUUAGUCAGUCUACGAAUGAUGAUGCCUUCUAGAUCUCUCCAUGCUCUAACAUCUAGUUAGGCUUCCUCGUCUGUUACUCCUUCCUGUAUCUGUUUUCCCUCCAUUUCCCACUAUCUUUUGUUGGCAUGCAAUGCCUCUAAAAUAGGCCCCAUAAGAUCCUUUUUCACUAUGGAAACUUUAAAAAUGUUCUAUGGGAGCAUCUCCUUUGUACUUAUUGCUUGAGGUUUCUUCAAACUGUGAUUGUGAUAUUUCCAACUAUAAUAAACUAUUGAAUGAG